AUGAGAGAGCAACGCGAGGUUGCUACCGCAAAACCCGUGUCUCCGGGGGAGACACCGCGGAAGGAAUCCCUGAAGCUACGUGUCAGUAACUACAUGGGCAGAGAAGGUGAGACCCUUCUCUGCUGGCUUGUCGAACUCGACACUGCCGUAAUGGCUCGACGAAUCGCCGACCCACUGGUCAAAGUGGCCUUCGCCAUGUCUUGUCUUGGCGGACGCGCGAGGGGUUGGGCCUACGGGUGCCGACUCACAGAUCCUACGUGCUUCAGCACGUACGAGUCUUUUAAGGAAGAGCUCAAACUCGCGUUUGAGCCCCCACAAAACGAGUUCCGGUCGAGAGCAGAGUUUCUCGACCUGCAGCAGGGUAAGCAUGACGACGUACAUGCUUACGCCCAACAGGCUCGGUACCUGGUCUCGAACGCCGUGACCGACCCGAUGGACGAGGCGACCAAGGUCGUCACGUUAAUGAAGGGGUUGAGAGAUGGGCCUGUAAAGACCUAUCUCUUCCGAGGGUACCCGAGUACUCUCGAAGCUGCGAUUACUCUCGCAAUGCAAGAGAAGUUUAGCCUGCUCCAGGCUAAACUGCACACGAACGUGCCACGCCCGCCUCGGCCGGUUGCGAAGACGGAAUGUCCAGAACCAAUGGAUCUUUCGUAUGCAUCUGCUGUUGGACAGCAGAAGAGCAAGGGAAGCAACGUGCGAUGCUUCCGGUGCGGAAACAUGGGUCACUUCGCACUGCAGUCACGCGUGUCUACAACGGACGCGGAAUUGAGGACUGCAGCCCCCAGUGAGGGGGAAUCUCACUGGAAAAUACAAGAUGACAUGCCAAACCUUGUCAUCUUGAAGGUGAAGUCGAUGACGAAGAGAGCGGACUCUCUUCGGGUGUUAGUGUACUCGGGCGCGUCGAAUAACUAUGUUCGACAGCAGAGUCUGCCGUUGUUGGACUUUGAGGAGAAGCAUGUGCCUCGAAGUCAGCUGGAAGUACGAUUGGCAACGGGUGCCAUCGUGAAGACAGAGACGCGCGUGAUUCGCGCACGCUUCUCGUACAGACACCAGGUGUUUGUAGAAGGUCUUCACGUCCUGGACUUGGACGACAAGUUCGACAUGGUUCUGGGCAUGCCGUGGCUUGCACGGCAUCGCUGUCUCCGGGAGUCGUUGACAGUAAAAGAGUGUCUGGUCACGAACCAGACACUACUAGAAUCCGGGUUGCACGAAGCAGGGCGCGAUCAAGCCGGGCUUGAUGACGUGUGCCCGCGGGUACAAGAACCCGCCGGCGGUAUCACGGAACGUUCGUCCAUAGCUGGGCCUGGACGAAACGCAAGUGAAUCAGGGAUUCACAAGAAGAAGCGACGGCGCAGACACAAGACGCUGCGCAAGUCUCGGUCAGGGACCGAGACUCUUCAUGGUGUGUCUGCCGGGCAGACACAAGUACCAACAGCGGCCGUCGAGAUGUUAAACGUCUUGACGCGAGCUUGUACUGGGUAUCAGUACGAGAAGAGGGAGUUGGAGAACCCUCCGACUGAUGCGUCGGAGUUGAUCUCGCUUCCAGUCAUGAGCUGGAAGCGCUUUGCAAGGACCUGGUGUCUCGUUGGGAAAAACGGCCUACGCACUGACCCCGAGAAGGUCAGAGUGAUCAAUGAAUGGCCUACGCCAUCCAACGUGAAGGAACCUGCGCAGUUCCUUGGCCUUGCCACGUACUUGUGCAACUACGUGGACAAUUACGCAGGCAAGAUUCGCCCGCUGUCGCAGCUCCUGAAGAAGGAAGCUGCGUGGAUAUGGACUGCUGAGUGUCAGCAGGCGUUCGAUGCGCCGAUCUUGGCAGUGGCUGACCAAGAUCGUGCUUUUCACGUAGUGUGUGACGCAUCCAAUUUUGCGAUCGGAUGUGCUAUAAUGCAACUCGAUCACGAGGGCCGUGAUCGAGUCGUCUACUACCAGUCGCGUCAGCUGAAGCCAGCUGAGCGAAACUAUCCCGUGUAUGACAAGGAACUCCUUGCCAUGAAGUAUGCACUCGCGAGGUUCCGAGUGUAUUUACUCGGCAACACGCCGUUCGUGGUCUACACGGACCACGCGUCGUUGCGGACGGUUGUGAAGUCCCCGCACAUCUCGCAACGAAUGGCGAGGUGGUUAUCAUUCUUCGCGGAGUACAAUUUCCGGACAGCCGACAUCAACCGGAUUGAUGUCGCACGGGCCUACACACCGUCGUCGCCCUUGUUGGACGAGGUGAAGGCCGCGUAUGCGGAUGACGCAGACGCGAAGCGGCUGAUCGAGUUCCUCUCAGCUCCUUCCUACGAAGCACACGACAACGCGGAACGCAUUGUCGUGCCCAAUGAUCCUGACCUGCGCAACAGGAUCAUGUACGAGUAUCACGAUGUCCCCACAGCAGGACAUCCAGGACGUGAGAAGACGUACUCUCUCCUCACGCGAGACUUCUACUGGAACCACCAGUACAAGUGGGUGCGCCAGUACGUUCGUACUUGCGAUGUUUGCCAGCGAGUGAAGCCUGCACCUCACUCGCAGGCUCCUCUGCAACCACUGCCGACUCCGUCGGAGUGUUGGGAGUCCAUCUCGAUGGACUUCGUGUUUGGUCUUCCGCGCGAUUCCAGGCGGAAGACUGGUAUUGUGGCCUUUGUGGACCGCUUCAGCAAGAUGGUGCAUCUCGCUGCUGUCGCAGCGUAG